CUGACGCGCACCGAGACUUGGUUUGGACACGCCAUAAACACAUGAAGCAAGAAUCAGGAUGGACCACGUCUGGAGGAAACUUUUCUUUGCUAUAGUGGUUAUCUCUUACAAGAUCAGCCAAUUGCAGUCCUUUAAUGUCGGGACCUCAGGAGCUAAGAUUUUCACUGGCCCAGCUUCAGAGCAGUUUGGAUAUACAGUUCAACAAGCUCCAAACUACCUGGACAAGUGGCUGCUAGUUGGUGCUCCUUGGAGUAACAACAGGAAGGGGGAUGUUUACAAGUGUCAGGUCACGGGACCCAGCGACAGCUGUGAUAAGCUUGAGCUUCAAGAUGACGUCAGCAUCCCAGAAGUUGCAAAUGUGAAUGCCAACAUGUCUCUCGGUUUGACUCUAGCCCGCAUCCCUACGGGAAAUGAAUUUUUGAUGUGUGGUCCUCUUUGGGGACAGCGGUGUGGCGAUCAGAACUUUUAUCCAGGAAUUUGUUCGAAACUCAGUGCACUCUUUCAGCCACAGCCUGCCUUCUCUCCUGCUGUUCAGACAUGUGGAGGGCCAAUGGACAUUGUGAUUGUUUUGGAUGGCUCAAACAGCAUUUUUCCAUGGAAACCAAUGACAGAUUUCCUGCUCAAAUUAAUACCUUCAUUAGAUAUUGGGCCUCAGAGUACACAGAUGAGCGUCAUACAGUAUGGUGUUGACCCAAGGAUCGAAUUUAAACUGAAUCAGUACACAAACAAAAAUGAGAUGAGUUAUGCAGCAUCCCAAAUCCAACAGAAGUAUGGUACACUUACCAAUACCUUCCAAGCGAUCCAGUUCGCCAGUGAGCAAGGUUUCACUCAAGCUAAUGGGGGUCGACCUGGUGCUGCUAAAGUUCUGGUGGUUGUUACUGAUGGGGAGUCACACGAUAAGGACAAAAAAGAUGAAAUCAUCGCUUUGUGUGAAAAGCAAGGCAUCACCCGAUUUGGUAUUGCGGUGUUGGGUUACUACUCCAGAAAUAACUUAGAUACAACAAACCUUAUCGAGGAAAUCAAAUCCAUAGCCAGCACGCCAAAAGAGAAAUACUUCUUCAAUGUGUCAGAGGAAGCAGUCCUUUCCACAAUUGCCGGGAGUUUAGGAAAUCGGAUCUUCAACAUAGAGGGUACUGGAAAAGGGGAGGAUAACUUUAAAAUGGAAAUGUCUCAGGUUGGAUUUAGUGCACACUACGCCAAACAGCAGGCUGUGAUGAUGCUUGGUGCAGUAGGAGCUUAUGCCUGGAGUGGGACUGUCGUCCAUCAAAAAGGAUCUAAAGCAACCAUUUUCCCUUUCUCUGCCUUUGAGGGAGUACUUCAAGAGAGAAAUCAUAGCUCACUGCUGGGUUAUGCAGUCACCACCCUGACUGAUGGGCCAACAGAGUACUUUGUAGCUGGAGCACCUCGCUCCAACCACUCUGGACAAGUGAUUGUCUACACCAUGAAUGCCCAGAAGCAAGUUGUGGUUGUGGAUUCAGAAAGAGGGAAACAGAUUGGGUCAUACUUUGGAAGCGUUUUGUGCUCAGUGGAUGUGGACAAUGACGGGGUGACAGAUUUGCUUCUGGUUGGAGCUCCCAUGUACAUGAACGAGUUGAAGAGAGAGGAAGGAAAGGUCUACAUAUUCUCUGUCACCAAGGGAAUUCUGGAUGAGCAGGGUUUCCUCAUCGGUCCUUCUGGAAAUGAAGAUGCACGUUUUGGAAUGGCUAUCUCUGUCAUUCCUGACCUUGACCUGGAUGGCAACAGUGAUGUUGUGGUUGGAGCCCCAAUGGAGGACAGGGGCGUUAUUUACAUCUACAAUGGCUAUAAGACGGGCCUAAUAAAAGAGUUCUCACAGAGAAUCCCAGGCUAUGAUUUGGAUCGUGGUAUUCAAUAUUUCGGAAGAUCGUUAGAUAGCUACAAAGACCUGAAUGGUGAUACCAUUCCUGACAUCUCCAUUGGUGCUCAUGGAAAAGUUGUCCAGCUCUGGUCCAGAGGGGUGGCAAUUGUUAAGGCUACAGCCACCUUCCAACCGGAUAGAAUCAGCAUUUUAAACAAAGACUGUGACGUUAAUGGGCGCAAGCAUUUUUGUUUCCAUGCAAAGGUCUGUUUUAGCGCUUCAUUCAGGCCUAAGACUCCCGUGGGACCUGUAGACAUAUCCUAUACAUUGACUCUGGAUGCUGACUUGAGUGAUUCAAGGGUGGCUUCAAGAGGACUUUUUAAAAGUAACAAUGAGCGCUACCUGAAAGAGUAUGCAAACAUAUCAUCUUCGGUCCAAUGUGUAGAUCGAGAGGUUUAUGUUCAGGAAACACCAGACUUUCUAAACUCUCUGAGUCUAAAAGUGGAAGUUAAGCAAGAAGAUCCAAACAGGAACCCUGUUCUCGACAACAUCUCUCCAAAAGCCUUUGAAUUCUUUAUUCCUUUCACAAAAGACUGUGGCUCUGAUGAAGUGUGUGUUAAUGAUCUGAAGCUCAGUGUAAAAACAGACAGUCAGGUAUCCAGCUCUAAUCCGUUUCAGGUUAGCGCGAAUAAUCGAGAACUAAAAUUCGAAGUUGUUGUGAAGAAUGAAAAAGAGAAUGCGUACAACACACAGGUCACAGCCACCUUCUCCAGCAACCUCUACUACUCCUCUGUGUCUCCUAUAGAUGGAGUCAAAUGCACAUCAACACCGAAAGAUACAGUCAGCUGUCAGGUGGGAUAUCCAGUAUUAAAGAAAGACCAGGAGGUUAAAUUUAAGCUCACAUUUGAUUACAGUUUUGAUAAUCUGCAAGAAAAGGCAGAAGUGACAUUUGAGGCCAAGAGUGAUGGCAAGGAGGAAAAUCCUUCUGACAAUACUGUUCAUAUAUCCUUCCCUGUGCGAUAUGACACAGGGGUGGCAAUAUCCUGGUGGUCAAAUAUCAACUUUUAUGUGGCAAACUCAACCAGUGAAGUGGUCACAACGGUGAAAACUCUGGAUGACAUUGGCCCAGAGUUUAAUUUUUCAGUCAAGGUCUCAACAGGUCUUUUCCCUGUCAGCCUCCUUUAUCUUAAUAUAAAUCUGCCAAUAGAAACAAAGGGUGGUAAUCAUCUCCUGUAUCUAACAAGCGUGGAGACACAACCUGGAGGAUCUUUCAGCUGUGACACCAGGCAAGUGGAUCCUCUGCAGAUUGGUGUGAAAAACCAUCCGGUUACCUUCUCAGAUGAGAGUCUCGGAGGUAUAAAGAAACUGGACUGUAAAAGUGCAAAAUGUGAGAAAAUACAGUGCAUCCUCAAAGACAUAGAAAUCAACAGAGAUUAUCUAGUAAAGGUUAAAACAAGAAUUUGGAACGGGACAUUUAUAACGGCUUCCUAUCAGAGCACUGUACUGACCUCCAGCCUGGAUGUGGAGACCUCCAACCCAGAUCUGCUUAUGAUCAAGCACAAGCAUCUCGAUGUGGGGGUGACAUUCAGCAAACCUGGAGGGAAAGCUGAUGUUCCAGUUGGUGUCAUAGUAGGUAGCGUCAUAGGUGGACUAGUGCUGCUGGCUCUGGCUGUUGGACUGCUUUAUAAGUUUGGAUUUUUCAAAAGAAAGUACCAGCAGCUUCAGAAGGAGGACGGUGAGGACAGACAGAACCAUGCUGACGAAGUUCUGUAAAGAGAAACCCCUCAGCCUUCUCUCUCUGCACAGAUCAGGUGUUGUUUGACACAUCUUGAGUGCAGUUAGAUCACAACUCAGUCACUGGAUCUCAGGCACUUUAAGGAAACAGAAGCUUGAAAGUUUAGGGAUGAAUGAGAUUCAGUUUUUUUUUUCUUUUACAGAGGUCUAUUUGGUAUUUUACUUUCCUUUGUGAACUAUAGCAAUCAUUAAUAACUAUGCACUGAUUCUGAUAAAGCGUUCACAGUUUUUUUUUCCCAGUAUAAGUAUUACAGUCCAUUUUUGAGGGCUGUGGGUGAAUUUUACAAUAAGGCAUCUGGGGUUUUACACUGUAGCUGCUUCUUAUUUAUGAUUUUUAUUGUUUGUUUUCUUACUUAUUUUUCUAUACGUUUGUCAAAGUUUGGUUAUAUCUGGGAAUAAAACUUAACAUCUGACUCUCAGGGUUACUUUUGUAUUAAAUUUCUAAGAUUAUUGGUUUAAUAAGCAAGACUGAGAAUAAAAAUACAAAAAACUAAGCCUUUAAAUAAAUGAAUCUAAUUGCAUUUAUAUCGUCUUUUCGUUUUCAAGAGAAGAGGAAUGAGCCUGUGUCACAUCAUAUUUUUAUUCCCCAGAAUGAGUUAACCACUGAGUCUUAAUAACAGUUCCUUGAAAAAAUUACAUUUGGACUGAGAGUAGCAGUUGUAUUUUUCUAACACAUUCAGUUUAAGAUUCAAGCUUCUGCUACAAAAGACGGUUUAUUUUAGAACUUUAUAAUGAGCACACCCUUUAUGUCAUACCUAUAUUUAUUUUUACUUUUUGUACUUUAAGAGCUAACUUUAUUAUUUCUUUCGUAAAUGCAGAUUUGGAGCUCAACAUACUGCUAUUGGUCAUACUUGUGGUACUUGUUUUUUAAUCAUCAGUGGUAUAACUUAUCUAUUUGUUGAUGAGUCUUGAUAAUAUUUUUUAACUAAGUUAAUAAAGCUACUGAUUAUUAAAGUAGUCAAAAAAUAUUUUAAUAAUAUA